GCCAAGGGUCCCCGAUGCAACUCCUCGCGCCUUUCCUCCUGUGCGUUGUAGCCGGCGCCGGCUUUUGCAACCGACAGGGUUCCGCGGCUGGCACGCAGAGCGGAUCUAUCCGAGCCUUGCGCGCCUCGAACCUGCGGAGAGAUGAGAGCAAUCACCUCACAGCCUUGUACCGCAAAGAAGAGUCCAUCAACGUCUUGGAGAGCGGCUACAUCCACAGCCCCCGUUUCCCGCACAACUACCCCAGGAACCUCUUAUUGACAUGGAAGUUGCUUUCGCCGGGGAACGCAAGGAUACAGCUGGUGUUUGAUCAUCAAUUCGGACUGGAGGAACCAGAGAAUGAGAUCUGCAGAUAUGACUUUGUGGAAGUGGAAGAUAUAUCCGAAAUCAGCACACUGAUCCGAGGACGAUGGUGUGGAUACAAGGAAGCUCCUCCGAGAAUAACGUCAAAAACGAACCAGCUGAAGAUAACCUUCAAAUCAGAUGACUACUUAGUGGCUAAACCUGGAUUCAAGAUUUAUUAUUCCCUAGUGGAAGUUCUCCAGCCUGCUGCGUCUGAAACCAACUGGGAAUCGGUCACAAGCCCCGUCUUGGGCGUUUCCUAUCACUCUCCAUCAGUGACUGACCCUACUCUAACUGCGGAAGCUCUGGAUCAAACCAUCGCCGGAUUUGACACUGUCGAGGAACUGUUCAAGCACUUUAAUCCAGAUACGUGGAAGGAAGAUCUCGAAAAUUUGUACACAGAAACUGGCCCACCUCGAGGCAGAAGCUUCUAUGAAAGGAAGUCAAAAGUCGAUUUGGACAGGUUGAACGAUGACGUGAAACGUUAUAGUUGCACUCCAAGGAACUACUCGGUCAACAUAAGGGAAGAGCUGAGGCAGACCAACGUUGUUUUCUUCCCGCGCUGCCUUCUGGUCCAACGCUGUGGAGGAAAUUGUGGCUGCGGCUCUCUGAACUGGAAAUCCUGCACGUGUACAGCGGGGAAAUUGGUGAAGAAAUAUCAUGAGGUGCUGAAAUUCAUCCCUGAAGCAGGUCAUGCCAGGAGAAGGGGCAGAACCAAGAACAACAUGUCUUUGGUUGAUAUUCAACUGGAACACCAUGAGCGUUGUGAUUGCAUCUGCGGUGCAAGGCCACCUCGAUAAAAACAGUCCAAGCCAUCCUAUUUGCAACUUUAAGGACCUCUUUCUCUUGAAGGAGGGGCAGUUCCCAGAGAUUUUCCCAGUGGCACUGGAACUUUGCGUUGCCACCAGUAGGGAUGUCAACAUCCGCAUCCAGCUUAAAGUACCUCUAAGU